UCGCCAGAGGAUCGAUGCCGAGCUUGCGCGCAUAAAACGAUACUGAACUCAAUCCUUUGGACCAUGCCAUGGUGUCCAUUUUGGUCUCACAAACGCAUGUCAUACACGUUGCAGCUCCAAUAGAUUUCGCUUCCUCUCAUCGACACUGCAGAUUCUUCUCCAGUACGCAUACAAAGUAUUGGUAUUCAAGUCAUUCCUUCAGUCUUGCAGGUCGAGUUUCUGGUGGGGUUUUUGCCGCUGAUAGUUUGCUGUUAAGGCUUGAUGAGAGGGUUUACACCAUGGAUUCCUAUACAUGUACUCACACUGCCACCGCUCCUCUCGCAUGCGAUGCACUCUUGUAUACUAAUGCGAACAAUCUUAGCGUCCUCCGCCGCAACUCGGCUGACCACGCGUUCGUCAAGGUAACUAACCAAAACGGAGAAACGAGGCUCGGCCGUACCCAUGCAUGGCGCUUAAAAAUCCAACGCUCUGGUUUGGCGCGCUCAGGCAAAACAACCAUUGGCCUGACACGCCGUAGCACAUUCGCAAUCACACUCAUGUCGGCUCGAAAGUCAGCCUUCGGCUUUCCGUAAUGGCAUCAUCUAUCUUAGAUUCGUGGCUUUAUCCAUCAAUGAUAAUGUCUGUUAUGCGCGAAUGCCGAACUGCUGGGUACGCAUCGUACGGUCGAUCGCUUUGUCUACCAAUACGAGCCGGGCAACAGGCGAUAGCCGCAGCGCGCUCCCUUGCCGUAGGGUGUCCACCAGCUGUCAGCAUGGGGACAUGUA